UCCAGCCCCUUAGAGCUGUGCAGCCUGCCCGCGGGGGAAGCGCCGGCUCGCCAUGGGGAGCCCGGGACUCCGGCCCACGCUGCUGCUGCCUCAAGUACUGUUGCUGUUGCUGGCGCUGCUGCACGUCCCGCCGAGCCAGGGCUUCCCAGGAUCUGGAGAUUCACCACUAGAAGACGAUGGAGUCUGGUCUUCACACUCUCUCUAUAAAGACACUCCGUGGUGCUCUCCCAUCAAGGUGAAAUAUGGGGAUGUGUACUGCAGGGCUCCUCCUGGGGGAUAUUACAAAACAGCCCUGGGGACCAGGUGUGACAUUCGCUGCAGGAAGGGCUACGAGCUUCAUGGCUCUUCCCAGCUCGUCUGCCAGUCAAACAGGCGCUGGUCGGAUAAGGUCAUCUGCAAACAAAAGCGAUGUCCUACUCUCACCAUGCCAGCAAAUGGAGGGUUUAAGUGUGUCGAUGGCGCCUACUUUAACUCUCGGUGUGAGUACUAUUGCUCACCGGGAUAUACAUUGAAAGGGGAACGGACAGUCACAUGUAUGGACAACAAGGCCUGGAGUGGCCGACCAGCCUCCUGUGUAGAUAUGGAACCUCCUAGAAUCAAGUGCCCAAGUGUGAAAGAACGGAUAGCUGAGCCUAAUAAGCUGACAGUCCGGGUGUCCUGGGAAACCCCAGAGGGAAGAGAUACAGCAGAUGGGAUUCUUACUGAGUAAUGUGUCAUUCUGAAAGGUCUUCCUCCAGGCUCGAAUUUUCCAGAAGGAGACCACAAGAUUGAGUACACUGUCUAUGACAGAGCAACAAGGGGAACUUGCAGGAUUCGAGUUAAAAUAAUCAGACGUUGUGGCAAGCUCAAUGCCCCAGAGAAUGGUUAUAUGAAGUGUUCCAGUGAUGGUGACAAUUAUGGAGCCACCUGUGAGUUCUCCUGUAUCGGUGGCUAUGAGCUUCAGGGUAGUCCUGCCCGAGUAUGCCAAUCCAAUCUGGCUUGGUCUGGUACAGAGCCUAGCUGUGCUGUGAUGAAUGUCAAUGUUGGUGUCAGAACCGCAGCUGCACUUCUGGAUCAGUUUAUGAGAAAGCGACUCCUCAUCGUGUCUACACCCACAGCUCGAAACCUCCUCUACAGACUGCAGCUGGGAAUGCUACAGCAAGCACAGUGUGGCCUGGAUCUCCGACAUGUCACUGUGGUGGAGCUGGUCGGAGUCUUCCCAACCCUCAUCGGCAGGAUCAGAGCAAAGAUUAUGCCCCCAGCCCUAGCUCUGCAGCUCAGGUUGUUGCUUCUGAUCCCACUCUACUCCUUCCAGCAUGGUUUAGUGGAUAAACAUGGCAUGGAUAAAGAACGUUAUGUCUCCCUAGUGACACCCAUGGCUCUCUUCAACCUCAUUGACACUUUCCCCCUGAGAAAAGAAGAGAUGAUCCUUCAGGCUGAGAUGGGCCAGUCUUGCAACACCUGAUGUGCUGUUCCAUUUCCUGGUGCUUUCUCACCUCUUAUCAUAUAGUAUAUCAUGUAGUAUACUACAGUGCCCGUGGGAAGGCCUUAAAAAUACCUUUGAUGUACAGAUUUUCAUUUGUAAUUUUUAAAGUCUAUUUUAUUAUGUGCUUCCUUUGCUCUUAAACAUUGGCACAAUGCUUUUUAAACUUUGAAAUGUUAAAAAAAAAAGUAUGAAUAUAUCUAUUCUAACUCUCCCUUUAGUCCAUUGUGGCUGAUGAAAUUAGAAGUGACAGCCACACCCAUGCUUUCAGAAUAUUAUUCAGUGUGAAACACAUUUUCCUUUUCUCUUAUUGUUUAUAUAAGUCUUUUGUUAAUAAAAUAUUUUGAAGCAAACUUA